CAUAACCAAGACUGCAAGACACCAUUCACCAAGUCAUAAUCAUUAAAUAAUAAAACAGAUAAACACGUGUGGUGCUAAAAAUUAGAGAAAUUAAUUUAAGUUUAUUAUAAUAAUAAUAAAAGACAAAAAAUAAAUAAAAAUGGGAAAGAAAAAAGUUUUAUUGACUAAUCCUUUCAGUCGUUCAAAGGAUGAAGAGCCAGAAAUAAAAAUUGAAGAUGAAGAAAAUGUUGAAGAAAAAGUAAGUUUUCCAAGUGAAUCAACUUUUAAACAUAUAAAAUGCAAAGUUGUACGACAAGCAAAAGCCCAGCAGAUGAUGAAGGAGAAAAAAAAAGCUAAAAAAGAAGCUAAAAAAAUAAGAGAACAAGAAGGUAAACCAAAAGGUAUACCACAUACCAUUGAAAGUCUUCGUGAAAAAGAUGAAACAAUGAUACAGGGUGAUAUUGAUGAUGAGGCUAAUGCUGAAAUUAAAGCUGAAAUAGAUAAUGAUGAAUUUGCUUCUUAUUAUAAAAAAGAUUAUGAGCCAAAAGUACUUAUUACAUAUGCUGAUAAUCCAUCAAGAAAAACAAGAAUUUUUGGUGUAGAAUUAACAAGAAUAGUACCAAAUUCAUUGUCAUUAUAUAGAAAUCGUUCUGGAGUUAAAAAAAUGGUUAAAUCAGCAACUGCCAGAGGUUUUACUGAUAUUAUUGUUAUCAAUGAAGAUCGUUGUCAACCAAAUGGUUUGUUAGUUGUUCACUUGCCAGAUGGACCAACAGCACAAUUUAAAAUGAGCAAUGUUAAAAUAACACCAGAAUUAAGAAGAAGUCAUAAAGAAUUUACUGAUCAUAGACCAGAAGUUAUAUUAAAUAAUUUUACAACACGUUUGGGUCAUACAGUUGGACGUAUGCUUGGUGCUUUGUUUCAUUAUCAGCCAGAAUUUAAGGGUCGACGUGCUGUUACAUUUCACAAUCAACGUGAUUAUAUUUUCUUCAGGCAUCACAGAUAUGAAUUUAAUUUAAAAGCUGGUAAAGCAAAAUUGCGAGAAUUAGGACCAAGAUUUACACUUAAAUUAAAAUCACUUCAACAUGGAACAUUUGAUAGUAAAUACGGUGAUUAUGAGUGGAUUAUUCAAGGUAAACGUCAUUCAAUGGAAACAAGCAGAAGAAAAUUUUUCUUGUAAUAAUAUUAUUAUUAAAACUUUAUUAUUAUUAUUAUUUUUUAAUUAAUAUUUCAAAUAAAUGAUAAAUUA